AUGGAGAAAAGGGUUAUUGAUUACAUGUUGGUGCCAUUUGGACUUUUGGCUAUGGUGGCUUAUCAUUGCUGGCUUCUGUACAGAGUUAGAUAUCAGCCCGCCACCACCGUCAUCGGUGUCAACGCCAUGUACCGCCGCUUCUGGGUCCGUGCUAUGAUGGAGGAUGUGAAAAAAAAUGGAAUGGUUUCUGUUGAGACAUUGAGAAACAACAUGAUGGCGUCGACCCUUUUGGCCUCAGUGGCCAUAAUGCUCAGUUCUCUAAUCGCUGUGCUGAUGGCCAGCGGUGGCAGAAACAAAACUGAGUUGUUCGUUUUUGGAGACAAAAGUGAGGCCAGCUUAUCUGUUAAGUACUUUUGCAUAUUGGCUUGCUUCUUAGUGGCCUUCAUAUUCAACGUCCAAUCUAUAAGGUACUUUAACCAAGCAAGCAUUCUAAUCAACGUGCCAUACAAAAAGAAAUCACAAAAUGAUCAACACCAGCAAUUGAAUGUUGAUUUUGUAGAGAGGAAUGUGCACAGAGGAAGCUUUUUCUGGUCUCUAGGGUUGCGUACUUUCUACUUCUCUUUCACUCUCUUCUUAUGGAUAUUUGGUCCUCUUCCCAUGUUUGUUUCUAGCUUGGUUUUGAUUUUCAUGCUCUAUUUCUUGGAUGUUUCCUUUGAAUAUGGCCGAGUUGUUGAUGUUUCUGAUACCGACAUUAGUUACUAAAAAGGGAAUUGUUCACAAAGAGGUGGCGUACUGCUAUUGGUGCAAUUCAAUAUCGGGUCUCACACAUUUAAAUUAAAUUUAAUAAAUAUUAUGAGAUAUCGCUAACCAAAUAUAGAGUGUCACCUCAUGUGGUGUUGGGCAUUUUAAAGUGUCAAAUAACAACACUCAAUUGAUGAGGAACUUGAGAUUGGGAGACCAAUAAUUUAAUUUUUUUUUUUUUUUGGUUGUUAGGUUGGUCAACUUCUUAGAAAAUAAAAUAUGUGUAAUUUAUGUUGUGUAAUAUUAUUCAAUCCAAGUGGGAGUUAUAGAUGUCAUUAUUU